GUAAAACGCUACGCCUUCCCUUACGUCCCGCCUCCUCCAGUAAUCAAUCAUCGACGAGAGAGGGGGUGGAGCUAUGCGGGACUCUCUGGCUCGUCGCAUCGCUUCCUCUAUUCCUUCCCACCUUCAGGGUUUGCUUCGCCGGUCUUUCUCUCGCCUCAUAACUUUUUGAUUUAUUUUUUUGGCGCCCGCCCGCCUGCCUCUGGAUUUUUGCGUUUGGACGGCGGGGAGGGAGGACAACGAUGGGGGACCAGAAGGAGAACGUCCCACAACCGCCAGCGCCAGAAAGGGAAGAAAAAACGGCGGUCCGCACUUCGAACCCGACGGGCAAGCAUCACUGUAGGUUUGAUGGUCAAGAAGAUAAUAAAAAGAAAUCCACAACCAGUUCAAGUUCAAGUGACUUCAGUGAUCCAGUAUACAAAGAAAUUUCUUUGACAAAUGGCUUUAUCAAUAGAAUGAGUAGAGAUGAACUUCGAGCUACACUUGCUGAAUUCAAGCUGGACACCAGGGGAGUGAAAGAUGUCUUGAAGAAGAGGCUGAAAAACUACUAUAAGAAAGAGAAGUUGAUGCACAAACAGCCCGCUGAUGCAGAGGAUUACUACGAUUACAUCUGUGUUAUUGACUUUGAAGCAACCUGUGAGGAAGGCAAUCAGUCUGAAUUUACACAUGAGAUCAUAGAAUUCCCUAUUGUCUUAUUAAAUACUCGGACUUUAGAAAUAGAGGACACAUUUCAACGAUAUGUGAAACCAGAGAUUAAUCCUCAGCUUUCAGAUUUCUGCAUUAAUUUGACAGGAAUCUCUCAGGACCUUGUAGACAAAGCAGAUGAAUUCCCUGUGGUUCUCCAACAAGCUGUCGAUUGGAUGAAACAGAAGGAACUGGGAAGCACAUACAGUUAUUCCAUAUUGACUGAUGGAUCUUGGGAUAUGAGCAAAUUUUUGAAUAUCCAGUGUCGGGUUAGCCGUCUUCGAUACCCUUCUUUUGCGAAGAAGUGGAUCAAUAUUCGCAAAGCCUAUGGGAACUAUUACAAGGUUCCCAGAAACCAGACUAAACUGUCAGUCAUGCUUGAAAAACUGGGGAUGGACUAUGACGGACGGCCUCACAGUGGACUUGACGAUUCAAAGAACAUUGCACGGAUAGCUGCACGGAUGCUUCGUGAUGGGUGUGAGCUCCGGGUGAACGAGAGGCUGCAUGGGGGGCUUCUGCUGACCAUCUCCUCCUCUACUCCACUAGAGGGAGCUCCUGCCCCACAGAUGUCCAAGCCCAGAUAAAGAUUCGAAAUUCAAUUCUGCUGUCUUUAGGAUCCUGGCCAAGACCAACUGGAACUCCAGAAGGCCAUUGCAGUGGACUCCAGGGCUUGUUUCCCAGUCAGCUACUUUCUGACAUUUACAGUUUAUCAGAGCACCAUUUAUUUAAUUAAUAAGGUUUGUGAAUUUUUUGUCCUUGUUUGAUGAUCGUGAGUUUGGUUUUAUAAACUUUUGGAGUAUUUGGUAAAAUGGCUUGCUAUAAAAUAAAGCAACCGCUUUGGUCAGCAGGUGCACAGGUGAAAUAGACACACACUUUCUUUGUCUAGUCGGUAAGAAAUGAGUGGCUGCAUCAGUACUGAUUUUUAUGGCAGAAGGCACCUUCCCUCCCCCC